UGACAGUUUUAUGUUCAGCUGCAUUAGUGACUGAAAACUGUGAAGAUGCAAUUACGCACAUUUCUUUUGCUGAGUUUGGCUUUGGCUUUUUGCCCAGCAUCAUCUAUGCCCCCACCACAUACAUCUGACAUUAAUGAGGAUCGGAAGGACAUUACAGAUAUAAACAAAGGUUUAAAUCUCAGAGAAGGAGACAUCAUGGUGCCUAAUCAAAGGAGCGCCAUUCUUGGGAAUCAGUACCAGUGGAAUAUUCCUGUCCCCUUUGAGCUGAGUGUGAAUCUCAGUAUGAACUAUAAAGGAGUCAUUUUGAGAGCCCUUGAGCAGUUCAGACUGAAAUCAUGUAUUGACUUUAAGGCCAGAACAGCAGAAGACAUUUCUUACAUCUCUGUGGAGAGCCUUGAAGGGUGUUGGUCAUAUGUCGGUCACAGAUUUCUAGGAGCUCAGACUCUUUCCAUUGGAAAUGGUUGUGGAGAAAAAGCCUUUAUUGAGCAUGAGUUUCUCCAUGCACUGGGAUUUUUCCAUGAGCAGUCAAGAUACGACAGAGAUGAUUAUGUGACCAUCAACUUUGAAAACAUCAUUACAGGGUAUGCAAACAGUUUCAGUAAAUUCAGUGAGAGCCUGACCACCACCCAAGACACCCCAUAUGACUACUUCUCUGUAAUGCAUUUGGAUAAAAACGCCUUCAGCAACGGUAAUGGACCUACAAUCAUUACCAAGCAUCCUGAGUUCCAGGAUGUGAUUGGUCAACGCCUGGACAUGAGUGAAUAUGAUGUGAUUGAACUCAACAAACUCUAUAAAUGCAAUUCUUCUAUCUCUUUCCUGGAUCAUUGUAGUUUUGAUGAUGAAUCUCUGUGUCAGAUGAGUGUCUGUUCUGCUGCUGAUUAUGGCUGGCAGAGAGUAAAGUCAGUGAGUGGCAUCAGUGUGACUGAUCACACAAACUUGGGCAAAGAAAAAAAUGGAGUGUCUUUCUUCAUGCACUUCAGUACUAAGGGUAGAAAUGAGGGGGAUGCAGCCAGAAUGGAGAGCAAGACAAUGACCCCUAAAAGAGACUGCAAAGUCCAGUGCCUGCAGUUCUAUUACUAUCACAGUGGUAAUGAGUCUGACCAGCUCAACAUCUGGAUCCGAGAAUACCAGAACGAAGCAGACAACAGAGGAACUCUCAGACUUAUGGAUCAGAUCACAGAACCCCCUGGCAAUUACUGGAAGCUGCAUCAUGUGCCACUGAAUGCAAAUAAAACCUUCCAAGUUGUAUUUGAAGCCCGUAAAGGAGCUGGGAACUCCAGUGGAGGAUUUUCACUGGAUGAUAUCAAUAUUUCAGAGACUGAGUGUCCCCACACAUGGCAGAUAAGAGACUUUGAGAAGGUUUUGAAAAACAGUGUGUCUGGCACUUGGAUGAACAGUCCAUUGUAUUACUCCAGUGAGGGUUACCGCUUUCUGGCUCUCUUAAUGGUGAAUCAGAAUUACCUUUCAGUAUAUGUUGGUCUGGUAUCUGGUGCAUAUGAUGACCAGUUGCAGUGGCCUUGUCCAUGGAGACAAAUAACCUUCCAAAUACUUGACCAGAAUCCACACAUACAGAAGCGCAUGUCCUCUGAGAAAAGCUACACAACUGACCCUACUUUGGUUUCUUCCUAUGGCAGAAAUGACUGGGACAAUCCUCGAAAUAAUGGAACUCGAGUUGUCAUUGGCAAUGAGACCGUAUAUGUGGGUAUUUUUUGGGGCUAUCAAUAUGCCAUAAUGAACGAAGAUCUCACUAAAAGAGAGUUUAUCAAGGGUGGUGACAUCAUUCUUCUCUUUACCAUGCAAGAUAUCUCAGGGCUCCGUCAGAAGAACUCUCUACCCUGCCCUAAAGUGACAUUGAAGAAUCUUAAGACUUCAUUUGAUGCAGCUGUCAAGCAGGGACCAUGUGCUACAAGUGAUUGUCUGGGAAUAUUUUGCACUUCCAUUACUUCCUCUCUGAUCCUAUUGGUGUGCCUCCGUUUGCUGUUAAAUUAAUCCUGAGAUUUUCCCAGCUCUAUGUCGGACUACAUGAAUUCAAUUUAAAAGCAACUGCAUCUGUCUUCAGCCUUCUGGUAUAUUAUACUGUUAAACCUAUAUUUUAAUUUAAUGAGAUGCUACAGAAUACAUCUAUGGUUAUCUGUAAUGAAGCAAAACGUUAAUUUUAGUCUACUGAUUUACAUGCUAAACUUUGUCACAUAUAGUUGAAAACUUGUAAUCAUUGCAUAAACAUUAUUGAUUGAAAAUUACUAUACAAAAUGUUAAAUGUGGCUAUGCGCCCACAAGAAUUAUGUGAAUGUCUUGUAUGAAUCAAAAACCAAUCUUGCAAGUAAUAACCAACUAUAUUAUUCAAAUGUUUAAAUGAGUUUGAAUGUGAUUGUGGCGUAAAUGCUGAAAGAUCUAAGGAUUUAAAUUGUACCAAUCUGUGUGUAGCUUAAUGAGAGAAACCAUACAUUUACAUACAAAUACUAAACCAUCAUUUUUUGUUGUUGUUAAUUGAUAAUCAUUUAUCAUAUAAUUUAACCAUCUGUUGAUUUUUAUUUUCAUUAUCAGUGCUCUUGUAAUGCUUGCUAUUGCAGAUUAAUCUUAUGAUUAUGUGGUUUCAAGUGAUAUUUGUCUUUGUGAGAGACCAGGUAAAGUCUCCAUUUCUAUUCUAACAUCACAUGAUGAUGCUGUGAAGCAGUAAUUUUCCACUGCAUUAAUUCAACACUUUUUGAAUUUGUUGUGGUCAGAUGAAGUCCAGCUGAGCACUGAAACAGACAGAACUAAGAUUAUUUAAUAAAACCUGCUCAUUCAGAUCACUUGA